AUGUCUGACUCUAUCAUCUCCUUUGCUGCUUUCAUCCUAGCCGAUGCCGGUUUGGAAGUCACCUCCGACAACCUAUUGGCUAUCACCAAGGCUGCUGGUGCCAAUGUCGACAACGUUUGGGCCGAUGUUUACGCCAAGGCUUUGGAAGGUAAGGACUUGAAACAAAUCUUGUCUGGUUUCCACAAUGCUGGCCCAGCUGUUGGUGCUGGUGCCGCCUCUGGUGCCACCGCCGCUGCUGGCGACGCUGCUGAAGAAGAAAAGGAAGAAGAAGCUGCUGAAGAAUCCGAUGACGACAUGGGUUUCGGUUUAUUCGAUUAA